CAGCUCUAGGCGGCGAUUAUUGACUUUUGAGAUAUCUACUUGAAACAACAAUUCCGAUAUACUCUAUAAAGCUUCACGAUGCAGCGACCUACAUAUGGGCAACCCCCUCCAAACUCGCCGCCUUUACAUCAUCCAGUCCCGCAGCAUGUUUCGACCGUACCUCAGCUCCGUUCCCCUCCCCCGCCAGUCCCCCAGCAGCAGUCAGGAUAUGGCAAUCCCUAUCAACAGCAGGCUGGACCUGGAGCAGCAGCUCCUAGUCAUGCGUUUGGCGCAUAUGGAGGAUUUAUGAAUGACCAGACAGCUCAGAUGGGAUUCCAAGUUGGCCAAACAGCGUUGAAACAUGGACAGGAAUACGUCGAGCAAAAUUUUAAUCGCUACAUUAAUGUCUCGGCUCUCAAGCAUUACUUCGAUGUCUCGAACUCUUACGUUGUCAAUAAAUUGUUCCUGGUGCUCUUCCCUUGGAGGCACAAGCCAUGGUCGCGAAAGCAAACAAUUGGACCGAAUGGACAAGAGGGCUGGUUUUUGCCUCCAAGAGAAGAUCUAAACAGCCCGGAUAUGUACAUUCCAGUCAUGGCUUUUGUCACAUACAUUCUGUUGUCUACUCUCCUCGCCGGCCUGCGUGGUGCGUUCCAACCUGAACUACUUGGUUACACAGCGUCGGCCGCCUUCGCAAUUGUAUUCUUGGAGAUCCUGGGUCUCAAGCUAGGAAGCUAUCUGCUUUCGAUAUCAAACGACUCACAAUUGCUUGAUUUAGUGGCCUAUUCAGGAUAUAAAUUUGUUGGCAUCAUUGUCACACUCGUCCUCAGCGAAAUAAUAAACAGAGGCCAAGGUACCGGGGGAUGGGCGGGGUGGACGAUAUUCGGAUACACAUUCCUAGCAAACGCGUUCUUCUUGCUACGCUCUCUCAAAUACGUUCUCCUUCCAGAGAACUCAACGGACAAUUCCAGAGGGGCCAUGCAUACGGUUGCACGGUCACAGAAGAACCGCCGAACCCAGUUCCUCUUCCUAUACUCUUAUAUCGUCCAGUUCGUUUUUAUGUGGGCACUGAGCCGACCUUAAACCCCCGCGGGGAAAUUAGAUUUGAGACGGUGAGAUAUGGAUUGGCUUUGUGGAGAAAGGGGGGAAAUGGCCUGGCGUUGGGAUGGAAAAGUUGGAGUGAAUGUACGCAUUCGUUCUGGCUCCUUGUAUUCUAGCUAGCGCUCCUGACAUAGGGGCGUUGACGAAAGUAACGAUAUAGCGAAUAACUAAUAAAUAAACGGGCUUACGGAU